CUCCGUCAGUGUAACGGUGUCUGACAGACAGCUUUCACGGGCCAGCGGCUGCCUUGGCCGGCUGAGAAAUCCGACAGGGGUCGGGGUCGGUCCAAGACGUAUCAGAAGAAAGCAUCUGGGGUGGAGAAAACAAGAAGCCUCCAAAGCCAGGAGGUGAAGGUAGAUGAGUUACUGCUUUUGUUCUCCUUCUAGGAGUCGGGGUAUAUGUUUCGCCUGUGAAUGGACCCAGAGGUGGGAACUGAUAUUUUUGUAAUACUGUUUUCCUCCAUCGCGUUUCACUGCACUGCACACAAGCCCGGCUCAGCAUCGUGGAGGAGAAGCCGCAUACCUGCAGCUCUGUCGUCGCUGCUCCCCUUAAUCAUUCUAAAGGGUCGGCUGCAGAUGAAAGUGCGGGGAUGCUCUUUAAUUUUUGUAUGAAAUGAACACCUCUGUAGAGAAGGAUAAACUUGGAUAACAUCAAGGAAACUAACUGGGAACUGCAUCGUAAAGCAAGCAUUUGAAAAAGAGUUAUAUAACGGCUCCAGGUAGAAGAAGAGUGGUAAAACAGAGUCGCACCAGGAGGAGAACCAAAACCCUGCAGGUUACAUGGGCUUCUGUGGGCAUGAGGACCAGAAGGGUCGUUAAGGUAUCUGUGCAGUUAGAGAAAAGGGAGGCGGAGGACGAAGGACGCAACUGAAGCUCCGGUCGGGAGAGGCGGUGAUGGCUGGUAAGGGUAGCGGGGUUCAGUCCACCCAUCAGCCGACUGCAGCCCUGUCAGCAGCCGCAGCAUGAGGUGGAGGAGGGAGCAGACACAGAGGAGGUGACCCUUAUCAUAACCUGAAGAAGACAAGACCCAGUGCGUGACCUUGUUUGUCUAAAGUGCCAAAGAAGGACAGGGAAAAGCAUCGCUGGCAAAAUAAUAGCCUACGUCUACUUUUCACUAGGACCCCUUUCAACCUUGCUUCAAGCUACACUUAGGGGCUCAACUGUUCUCUUGACUCCACCUGGAGCCUGCCUCCAACCCAUCUGCCAGAUCAGAUAACCUUCUUAUUGUUGGUAACCACAUGUUUGAGGUGACUGUAUGUGACCAACGCUGUCCAUUCUCAAGCAGGAGCAGUGUCUCACAACCUCAAUCUGCAUCAUGCAGUGGAGACGGCGGCACUGUUGUCCCAUCAAGAUGACCUGGACCAUCAAGCGUUCACUCUUUCGAACCCACGUGGCUGGUCUGCUCUCCCUUGCUCUACUCUUUACAUUUUUUUUAUUUUUCAGCCACCAGGAAUGGCUGCCAGGGCGCAGUGGACCUCGUGACAACCCGCUAGCCUACACCAUCAGGGGCCUCCGGAGUCCCAAGGGAGAGGCCAACCAGAGCAGCUCCCUCAGGAGUCUGUGGAAGGAGACAGGGUAUGGAGCGCCAAAGCCUCUUCUCAACCUCAGCUCUCAACAGGCUGAGGAGACGGCAGCAGAGCCAGGAGGAGUAGGUGGAGCUGGAGGAGGAUCCAGAAUGGGCGUCUUGGGGCUUGGGGACUCCAUGAGCUCUAACAACAGUUUACAGAAGGAGAUGGAUGUUGGUGAGAAGCUUAGUGCUCAGCCCUACCGCUACAUCCUAAACGAGCCUUUUAAGUGUAGGGACAGUAUGCCCUUCUUAAUCCUCCUCAUUGCUGCUGAGCCUAGACAAACUGAUGCACGCAAUGCAAUCCGGCAGACAUGGGGAAAUGAGAGUGUUGCAGGGGGGCUGGGGUUUGUCCGACUUUUUCUUCUUGGCACAGGAAAGAGUUCAGAUGCUUUCCUUCAAAGUAGCAUUGAAGAAGAGAGCCGUGUUUACCAUGACAUCAUCCAACAGGACUAUCAGGACACCUACUACAACCUAACCACCAAAACCUUGAUGGGAAUGAACUGGGUGGCCACCUAUUGCCCACAUGUCUCCUAUGUGAUGAAGACGGACAGCGACAUGUUUGUUAAUACAGUGUAUCUUAUUCAAAAGCUGCUAAAACCUGAAUUACCCCCCAGGCAGAGGUAUUUUACAGGCUAUCUAAUGAGAGGCUACGCACCAAACCGAAACAAGGACAGCAAGUGGUACAUGCCACCGGAGCUUUAUCCAAGCGAGCGCUACCCGAUAUUUUGCUCAGGCACCGGGUACGUGUUCUCAGGGGACAUGGCUGAGUUAAUCUAUCAGGCUUCGCUAAGCAUACGCAGGCUGCACCUGGAAGACGUUUACGUAGGGAUCUGCCUGGCAAAGUUACGCAUUGACCCAGCACCCCCUCCCAAUGAGUUCCUCUUCAACCAUUGGCGUGUCUCUUAUUCCAGUUGUAAGUACAGCCACCUGAUCACAUCCCAUCAGUUCCAGCCCAAUGAACUUAUCAAGUACUGGAACCACUUGCAGAGCAACAAGCACAAUGCCUGUAUCAAUACGGCGAAGGAGAAGAACGGCAGACACAGACACCGAAAUUUCCAUGGGGAGAGGCCUCCAUGAUGAAUCCUGUGACUACAUCCUGCCUCAGAAAAAUACAAAUGAUACGUGAAGAAGGGAAUCUUAAACUUAGCACUAAACACUAUGAGAGAAAAAGCACAUUGUUUUUUGGUAUUGUGUACAGUUUAUCAACCAACCUAUUUUUUUAUUUUUGAAGAAGUUAUUAUAAACUUAUUUCAGAAAGGAGGAAUGGGGAACAUGAUUGUGUGAUGCACAUCGAAAGCUGCAGCUCAAAAGUGGGGUUUAGGAUAAUUCAGGUGCCAACAGAUUGGUGGUAAUUCAUGCUCUUCUCUCAAGGGUAGGACAGUCAGAGUCUACAAUGUUUAAAGGGAUGGGUAAAAAAAAAAACCACCACUGUGUUUACACAGACAAAGGGAAAUGUACAUUUAUUUUGAAAAGUUACACUACCUAAAUAUGAAUGAAUGAAUGAUAGAAAUCUUUAACAUUGACCAGUUAUGCUGCCCUGUAUCUCUGUAUUUAUUUUAUAGAUCUAUCAAAGGACACUACUAAGAGUAGUUUUCUUGUCAUCCAAUGUAUUUUAUUUUUAAAAGGAUUCACAGAAAGCACCCACAAUCAUAUCAGAGAUGACUGAGAUUGUAUUUUCUAAAGCUUUACAUUGAAUAUAACUCUGCACUUACGUAAAUGUGCAAUGACUCAGUUUAAAAAAAAUAAAUGUACUGAAUU